GCGGUGUGUUGGAAGCCGGUUCUAACAGAGAGAAAAUGAGUUCAUCAGGGAAGAGAAGGGGAAGACCAAACAGAGGGGGAGGAAGAGGAGGAGGUUGUGGUAAACCCAACAAGCAUCAAGCCAGUGGCAGCAAAAAAGGCUUAAACAAGCAUUGGGAUGAAGAUGAUGAUGAUGAUGAUUUCUGUGUUUUUGGUGGUGCAAAGCAUAUAACCAGUCCUGUUAGUAGAGGAUAUGGACAGGCCAAACAUGAUUCUAAGAGUAAGAUGCCACUGCAGACACUGUACAUGACUUCAGAGAAUCAGAAGAGCGUGAAAGAACUUCUCCGUGAGCUCCAAGGGCAAGAUCUGAUUGCUGGUGCAGAGACACUUGUAUUGGGUGAAGAUGAUUUUGACAAACCAGAUUUCUUGGAUGAUGAGCAGUGCUGGUCAGAUGAUCAGGCAAUUUCUAAAACUAGUACAUCUGCUUCUUUUCAAGCACCUAUCACCCAUGUUCCUGAGGUUGAAGUAUCUUCGUUUGCUGUGCAUAAACUUUCCAGAUAUGGUUUUGAUAGUGAGCGUUGCCGAGCCGUCCUGCAAUCCUGUAAUGGUAAUAUUGGAGCAUCCCUGGAGCACUUGCUGUUACAGUGCUUCUCUGAAAAAUUUGGAGAGAAGAUCUCAGAAACUGCUGCUCAGGCCAGUACUGAAGACUGUCUGGAGCAAAGGCAGGAAGAGGCUUUUGCCCUCCAUUCCAUCUGUGGAGACAAAUUUGUGGAAAGAAUUAAAAACCGGGUUUGGACUAUUACGUUAGACUUGGCGUACCUAACACAGAUGCUCAGCAAGCCAAAACGAGGGAACAACAACCCCAGUAAUGAGCUGAAGUCAGCUUCCCUGGAAAUCUGCAGACAUUACCUCCAAGGACACUGCAGGUUUGGCUCAAGAUGCAAAUUCAAGCAUGAAUCUCCUCACAAGCAGAAAACACUUCCCUGUAUUAGGGAAGAUGCUCAUCUCAAACUUAACAGUGAUAACUCUCCUGUGUAUGAACUGGAAGUAAGAUUUCCUGAGGGCAACAAAUACCCCUAUCAGCCACCCCUUGUGGCAUUCUAUUCUACCAAUGAGAAUCUGCCCUUGUCUUGUCGAUUGCACAUUGCUGAAUUCCUUUAUGAAAAGGCCUUAAUAUCAUCCGAAUCUAAUGAACCUGUUAUUUAUGCUUUUAUAACGUGCUUAGAGGAUGAAGUUGAAGUAACAAAACUGCUUAGUAAGACUUUCCAUAAAUACAGCAGUCCUCCAUUACCUCUGGUGAAACCCUUGGCAAGAACACCAGCUGAUGUCAAUGAGCAUAUGCUCCCUAAUAGUUCAGAUGUUCCAUAUCAGAUUUCAGAAGCAAUGAAAGACUUGGUGAUUGAAGAGGAUGAUGAUGAUGAUGAUGAGGAACUACAGGCAGUUCAUGUAGAGAUGGAAAGUUAUGUAAACCUCAAAAAGAAGCUUUUAAAGAAGUAUAGUACCCCAGCGAAGCCCAUUUGCAAGGAAAAUUUAAGAAUUUGCAAACAGUUCAGCAUAAAGAAGUCCUCCAGGCAUUACCAGGCCAUGUUGCAGGAACGACAGAAGCUUCCUGCAUGGGAGAUGAGAGAAACCAUUCUUGGCUUACUGGACAGAUCUCAGGUCCUGGUUGUGAGUGGUAUGACUGGUUGUGGAAAGACGACACAGAUUCCUCAGUUUAUCUUGGAUUCCUCACUCGAAGGUCCGCCCAGCAAGGUAGCCAACAUUAUCUGCACCCAGCCUCGCAGGAUUUCUGCUGUUUCUGUGGCUGAACGUGUGGCCAAGGAACGAACUGAGAGAGUUGGGAUCAUGGUUGGAUAUCAAAUUCGUCUAGAAAGUGUAAUGUCUUCAGCUACCCGGCUGUUAUACUGUACAACUGGAGUGCUUCUGAGAAGGUUGGAAGGGGAUAUGAGUUUACAAGGAUUCACACAUGUUAUUAUUGAUGAAGUUCAUGAAAGAACAGAAGAAAGUGACUUCUUGCUGCUGGUUUUGAAGGAUAUAAUGUUGCAGAACCCGGAUCUGCGUGUUAUAUUAAUGAGUGCUACCCUGAAUGCAGAACUCUUUUCUCAAUAUUUUAAUUCCUGUCCUAUUGUUAACAUACCAGGUAGAACAUUUCCUGUCGACCAGUUUUUUCUAGAAGAUGCAAUUGCUAUGACUCACUAUGUCAUCGAGCAUGGUAGUCCGUACAUGCGCACUGUGAAACACAUUGCAGGCAAGAAAGGAAGACACUUGAGGACUGCUGCAGAGGAAGUAGAGGAGGACCUAAAGCGUGCUGGGCUUGUGCAGAGUACGGUGAUGGUCAAGGAUUCAGUCCCGGACCAGCAACUGACAUUUCAGCAGCUGCUGACACGCUACAAAGGAAUUAGCAAAUCAGUAUUAAAAACAAUGGCAACCAUGGACUUAGACAAAGUUAAUCUUGAAUUAAUUGAGGCCUUACUGGAGUGGAUUGUCAGUGGCAAACAUUCAUAUCCACCAGGUGCAGUACUGAUAUUUUUGCCAGGCAUGGCAGAAAUUAAAACUCUGUACAAACAAUUGCAGUCAAAUGCACUUUUCAACAACCGACACAACAAACAAUGUAUUGUUUAUCCGCUCCAUUCCUCACUUUCCAGUGAGGAACAGCAGUCUGUGUUCCUUAAGCCUCCCACAGGGGUUACCAAGAUCAUCAUAUCUACAAACAUCGCAGAAACCUCUGUUACCAUUGAUGAUGUGGCAUAUGUGAUUGAUUCAGGGAAGAUGAAAGAAAAGAGAUAUGAUCCAAGCAAAGGCAUGGAAAGCCUGGAGGAUACGUUUGUGUCCAAAGCCAAUGCCUUACAAAGGAAAGGACGAGCUGGACGUGUAGCUUCUGGGGUUUGCUUCCACUUGUUCACUAGCCAUCAUUACCAUCACCACCUUUUAAAGCAGCAGUUACCUGAAAUACAAAGAGUGCCUUUGGAACAGCUCUGUCUCAGAAUUAAGAUUUUGGAAAUGUUCUCUGCACAUAGCCUGCUUUCGGUUUUAUCUCGAUUGAUUGAGCCACCAACAACCGAAUCUCUUCGUGCAUCAAAGCUGCGGCUGCAGGAUGUGGGGGCCUUAAGUUCAGAUGAAAAGCUCACACCCCUGGGGUAUCACUUGGCUUCCCUGCCUGUUGAUGUAAGGAUUGGGAAGCUCAUGCUGUUCGGCACCAUCUUUCGCUGCUUAGACCCUGCGCUGACAAUUGCAGCAAGCAGGGCCUACAAGUCACCUUUUGUUUCUCCAUGGGACAAAAGAGAGGAGGCAUUUGCGAAAAAGCUGGAAUUUGCAAUAGGAAACAGUGAUUAUCUCGCUCUUCUUCAAGCAUAUAAGGGAUGGCGCCUCUCUUCAAAAGAGAGUGUUCAAGCAAGCCACAGAUUUUGCAGAGAGAAUUUUUUAUCAGAAAAUGUGCUCCAGGAAAUGGCCAGUUUGAAAAGGCAGUUUACAGAACUGUUGUCUGAUAUUGGAUUUGUGAAAGAAGGACUCCGAGCCAGGGAUAUCGAGAGGAGGUGGUUGCAACGAGGAGAUGGUGUUCUUGAAGCUACCGGGGAAGAGGCAAAUGCCAACGCAGAGAAUGUAAAGUUGAUAUCCGCCAUGUUAUGUGCUGCUCUCUAUCCCAACGUAGUUCAGGUGAAAAUGCCAGAAGGGAAGUAUCAGAAGACCAGUACAGGAGCUGUUAAAAUGAAGCCAAAAGCUGGGGAGCUGAAGUUCGUUACCAAAAAGGAAGGCUUUGUUCACAUCCAUCCAUCCUCUGUAAACUAUCAGACAAGGCACUUCGAAAGCCCUUACUUGGUGUAUCAUGAGAUGAUAAAAACCAGCCGGGUGUUUAUUCGGGACUGCAGCAUGGUGUCGGUGUACCCACUGAUCUUGUUUGGAGGAGGCCACGUGAACGUGUAUCUCCAAAAGGGCGAGUUUGUCGUCUCCCUGGAUGAUGGAUGGAUCCGCUUUGUUGCAGCCUCACACCAGGUGGCAGAACUAGUGAAGGAACUUCGCUGUGAGCUUGACCAGCUACUCCAGGAUAAAGUGAAAAAUCCCAGCAUGGAUCUAUGCACCUGCCCUCGAGGAUCUCGAAUCAUUAGCAUGAUAGUCAAGCUUGUGACCACGCAAUAAUACCCACCGCCAAGGAUUUGCUUAAGACUCAUCAGCAGAAUAACUGAAGAGUGAUUGAAGCAACACUGACACCUGUCAAUGUAACAUGUAUACAGCUCUGACUGGAAGUGUAAGGCUAUCAAAGGGUAUUAUUUAAAAACAGCAACAACCGUAUAUUUGGAAUAACCCUAAUGAUGUUACCUGGAGAAAUAUAUGCUGUUAGAAUCAUGGUACACAUUGAUACACACUUACAGAGAUGCAUAUUUUAAAGCAAAAUCCUUUUCCACGAGAAGUAUCCCUCUGCAAAAUGAGAGAAAAAUUAUAGUUUUUAUUCAAGUGAAAGAAGCUUUAAGAGAGAUGAAAAAAAUUCCAACCAUAAUUGUUUUCACAAUUUUUGUCCAAUAAAGUAUUGAUGCUUUUAAUGUGGAAAAUUAUGGUAUAUUUAGUCUUGCCUUUCUCCAAAAGGCAGGAUGACUUGCUAACCAUAACAUUUGUCUGUGUAAUUUUCUAAUUACAUAGACAGGUGUAAUUAGAAAAUGGAUGGCAGAUCCUUUUGAAGCAUCCAAAAUGAAAGAUCUAAAAUGGAUCUUUAAACUGGUCCUUACCUGAUCAAGCUACCAAUGAAUUCAAAUAUGUGUGGGUGAACACUUUGUGAAGUUAAACUUUUAGCACAAAAGUAAACUCUGAUCUGCCCUGCAUCCAGGACUCCACUUGUCUCAGCUCUUGGGAGUUACCUUCCUCCUUUCCCAAGUAUUAAGAGGAUGGUCUGUUUUUCCACCUUAGAAUGUUUGAAGCACAUUUGUCUUCCUUCAGAUGAUGCUGGCUCUGCUUCUGCAACUGUGAAGCAUUCUAGGCUUUGCCAAAGGAUGGCUGAAAGUCCUGCCACACCCAUGUCCAAGCACUGCCAUCUCCUGAGCUUAUGUACAUAUGUACUCCUGAAACACUUUCCUGCACAGGCAGAAAAAUGACUGUGAAAACUAAAAGGCAGUUCACUCAAGGCCUUGGAUCCUGAAUCAGCCUGGCAGCUCGACAGACAAGGAGCACAAUCUACUGCCAAAGUUAAGGGGAUGCCCCAUGACUUUCAAUAAUACUUAAAGCAGAAGUUUCAGUGUUGUUUUUGAAUAGAUAAGAAAGGGGCAGGGUGUUAGUGGAGGGCUGUAUAAUCGCUAUGACCAUACAAACAAAUCUGCUGGUAAAGUGAUGUAUAGAAUUAUGUUGUAAUCUUGAGUGCUUGUUGGCCAGAUACAUCACAACCACUAAGCUUUAUAAAUAAACAGCAAGUUGUUGAUUACGUA